AUGUCUGGGAUCGAGUGGUGCAACGUGCCGAAGUCCCCACUGAGGACCACGAGGCUAGGCCGCGCCUUCGGGAUGGCCUCGGCUGCAGCUGUUGCACCGCCGACUGCCGUCGACAGCGAGGUGAUCGCGAUCGAGACCGCGCCCGUGAUGUCGCCAGAUCGGUUCGGUCGCCUGCCUGAAGUCGGAGAACCAGGCUUCGACUCCCAGAUGGGCGGUGAAGCUGCUGUGGAGCCCGCGUUCGCGGACACCGAGGUCGAGGACGAUGAAUCUGACGAGGGGCCCUUGAUCCGUGGUCGUGCCGCCCUCUCGCACACGAACGUCGUGGCAGGUGUCAAGCAGCAGGCCAUCGAGGCAGUCGACGAGAUGGUCAAGCAGAUCCAGGAGCUCUCCAGCACCAUGGACGAGGGCACGUUGGCGCAGCACCUCAAGAAGCUCUUCAAGAGCGACGCUCAGCAGGUGCUGAUGGCCGCGAAGCGUGGCGGGACGGCUCCAGAGACCGACAAGACGACGAUCGAGGUCGGCUCCGACGCGUCGCCUGCGGUGCAGGCGAAGGCGGCCAUGUGGGCCGAGGUGCAGGCCCAGGGCUUCAACUUCAGCACCAAGGGCACGGCUGGCAACAAGAUCGCGGGCGUGUGGCAGCGGCACCUCGAUGGCAACGUCGACAACGUGAAGACCGAGUACGGCAAAUGCAAGGGGAGGGAUGCCCAGCGGGCCUUCCGCAAGCAGUGGGCGGAGGGGAAGUUCAACGCCUUCAAGUCGGAGUUCGUCAAGACGGAGAAGAUCGACCACGAGUGGGCCAAGAAGUCCAAGAUGGUGAGCCUCUCCAGGAUGGCGUGGAAGUAUGGCGGCGGCAAGGAGGGCUGGAGGUCUGCCAGCUGCCACGCUGGCAAGUGCAUCCAGCUCGGGGCGCCGUUCGUGGAGUACGAGGAGUCCAGCGAGACGCUCCUCUACGCGUACAUCGAGCGCAGCUUCAACGAGCGCUUCACGCAGACGUGGGCGAAUCACCAGAGCUGGCUGCAGGCCUGGCCGGGCGUAGGUGUCUAA